CUCCUUCUCAGGAAAUCACAGCACUGGAUCCCAGAACUCAUUUCUCUGCAGACUCUCUGACUUUGGCCAGGGCUCCCCAGUGAGCGCUGCUGUGGCUCAUAGCCCUGUCUGCUGCCCACACAAGUGCCUCACACACCCGCUACCCAGCCAUGUCUUACACCCGUGUGGCGCUGGUGACUGGGGCUAACAAGGGCAUCGGCUUCACUAUCCUGCGUGAUCUGUGCCAGCAGUUCUCCGGGGAUGUGGUGCUCACGGCAAGGGACACCACGCGGGGCCAGGCUGCCGUGCAGCAGCUGCAGGCCCAGGGCCUGAGCCCACGCUUCCACCAGCUGGACAUUGACGACCCCCAGAGCAUCCGGACACUGCGCGACUUCCUGCUCAAGGAGUACGGCGGGAACAUCGUGGAGGUGUCUGUACAAUACAGUGCCCACCAGCACGUGUGA